CACAUUUCGGCGUAUUUCGGCGAGAUACAUUAAAUCACUUUUUUUUCUCCAAGAUGAUAAACUGAAACUUUGAAUUAUCUACUUUUUCAUUUAACGGUGUUCAGUAUACAAAUGGCGACAAUGAAUAAGAUGUCCAGGUAUCCCUCGGAGUGUAAAGUCUAUGUGGGAGAUUUGGGAAGUGGCGCGACAAAACAAGAACUGGAAGACGCUUUUUCCUAUUACGGAUCUCUGAGGAAUGUAUGGGUAGCUAGAAAUCCACCUGGAUUCGCUUUCGUGGAGUUCGAAGAUGCCAGAGACGCCGAAGACGCUAUAAGAGGACUGGAUGGGAGAACGAUUUGCGGCAGACGAGCCCGCGUGGAACCAUCCAACGGAAGAAGACUGAGAGACAGAGGUCAUUUCAGAAGAGGCGCCGGAAGACUGUUUCAUCCCGAAGACAGAUGUUAUGAAUGUGGUGAAAGAGGUCAUUAUGCUAGAAAUUGUCAACGACACAGAAGUGCUCGCAAGAAGAGGUCAAAAUCUACAUCGAGGUCACGGUCACGGAACGGGUCACGGAACAACUCUACGUCAAGGUCACGGAACAACUCUACGUCUACGUCGCGGUACGGGUCACGUGACGGAUCACGGGACGUCUCAUCGUCGACGUCGCGGUACGGGACGAGAUCAAGAUCCCGGUCCCAUUCUCGUAAUCGUUCGCGUAAAACCGACCAGGCGAAAGACAAGCACCGAAACGAGCGAGGAGUCGCAUCGAGAGAUCGUAGCCCGUGCAGGACCAAAUCUAGAUCUAGAUCGACCAUGUCAUGAUCGUGCGUGAUCGACAGGUGUAUGAAAAUUAUUUUUUACGUUGCUAAUUAUUAUUCGUUCUUUCGACUAAGCUGUUCCAAUACUAGUUUCUUCUUCUUCUUCUUCGAUUACCCGUCAUAUCUAUGUGUAUUGAAAACAUAUUUACUUAUACAUGUACCAUCCCUGUUAGCGAUCACUACGAUACUUGAAAUGAUUCAACUUCGACCAUCUUUCAACCUUUCCGUCGAGAAACAUUUGUUCAGCUAUUUAUACGACGAUGUCAAUACGAUAAUUUAUCAAGUUCCAAUGUAUGUUUAAGUUGAAUAAUAAUAACGAGGUAUACAUGUACAUACUCAUGUAUAUGUAUAAUCAAUAAAAUCAUGCUAAAGGCA